AUGGAUAUUGUUGGCACAGUGCUAUCAGUUGCUCAAACUCUGCUUACUGCGUUGCAGUGUUCAGAGCUUCAAGAGAUCCUUACAGUCUUUGGCUACAAAUCCCAGCUAGAUGAGCUCCGACGCACCGUCUCUGCUGUCAAUGCUGUGCUUCUUGAUGCAGAGGCCAAGCAGGAUCUCUCCCAUGAAGCACAGCAUUGGCUCAAGGAGCUCAAGGGUGCGGUCUUUGAAGCAGAUGAUCUGCUGGACGAGUUUGUCACUCUUGCUGAACAGAAGAAACUCUUGGAGGCUGGUGGUAGUCUCUCUAAAAAGGUGUGUCGUUUCUUUUCUGAUAACCCACUAGGUGUUGCUUAUAAGAUGUCUCAAGGGGUUAAGAAAAUCAGGAAGAAACUGGAUGCUAUCGCUUACAGUACUCGGUUUAGCUUUAAGCUUGAUCCCGAGCCUAUCCGGAGGAGAAGGCCCGAGACCUGUUCUUAUGUGGAUGCAGGUGAUAUCAUUGGAAGAAAGGAUGACUUGGAGAAGAUUAUUGGUAUGAUGCUCGAUUCUAAUGUGCAACGCGACGUAUCUUUUCUCACGAUUGUGGGAAUUGGGGGGUUGGGCAAAACAGCCCUUGCUCAACUUGUGUAUAACGAUCCAAGGGUUACAAGUGCAUUUCCGUUGAGGUUGUGGACUUGUGUCUCUGAUCAAGAUCAGAAGCAACUGGAUAUAAAAGAAAUUCUUUGUAAGAUUUUGGCUUCAACUCCUGGUAAGCCUGACGAGUACUCCUCCAUGGAUCAGGUUCAAAAACAUCUACGCAAUAAACUAGCAGGCAAUAAAUACUUGCUUGUUUUAGAUGAUGUAUGGUCUGAGAAGUGUGAUCAGUGGCGUGCCCUGGCAGGAUUCUUAAUCGGAGGUCAAAGAGGAAGCUGGAUUGUGGUAACAACACGUUCACAAGUGACAGCAAAAUUUAUAGGAGAUGGUCUAACAUACGAGCUCCAAGGCUUGUCAGAGGAGAAUUCUUGGUGCUUAUUUGAAAGGAUGGCUUUUGGAUUGCAAUCUUCUAUGCCUCCUGACGACUUGGUCAAGAUUGGGCUAGAAAUUGUUAAAGGAUGUGCUCGAGUCCCCCUUGCUAUCAGAGUGGUAGGAAGUCUCUUAUAUGGUCAAGACAAGAGUAAGUGGCUAUCGCUUGCGCAAAUACCAUUAGCCAACCUCAGAGAGAGCCAGAAUGACAUCAUGCCUAUAUUGAAGCUGAGUUAUCAUAAUCUCGAGUCUCCAUUGAAGAGUUGUUUCAGCUAUUGUGCAUUGUUUCCUAAGGAUUAUAAGAUAGGAAAGAAGAAGCUAAUAAGCCUUUGGAUGGCACAAGGCUAUAUCGUCCCUUUGGAUGAAGGUCAAAGCAUUGAAGAUGCUGCUGAGGAAUAUAUUUCAAUUUUGUUGCGAAGAUGUUUCUUUCAAGAUGUAGAAAGAGAUGUAUAUGGUGAUAUUGUGUGUUUUAAGAUACAUGAUCUUAUUCACGAUGUUGCUCAAACAAUAACCAAACUGGAGAUUUGUGCAACAGAUACCUUUGGCGGCGGUGUGGAUGAUAAUUUUCGUCAUCUGUCUGUUACCAGAAGCAAAGUAGCAAGAUGUACAUUAAACAAGUCUCAUAUUCGAACAUAUCUUUGCGUUGGCCACUGGAAACAAGUGGUGAGAAUGGAGCAGUUCUUCAAGGAGGCAUUAUUAGCUAAUUGCAUUCACCUCAGGGCAUUGGAUUUGUCUCACUCAAGUAUCAAAACAUUGCCUGAAUCGAUAGGUGAACUGUUGCAUUUGAGGUAUUUAGAUCUCUCAUGGAACCACAGACUUGAAGUGCUUCCAAAGUCAAUUACAAAGCUAUGUAAUCUACAAACCAUAAAGUUAAGUAAUUGCUUUCGAUUCAAAGAGUUGCCAAAAGAUUUGAGCAGGCUGGUGAAGCUUAGGACCUUAUGUACGUUUAGUUGCGCCAAGAUGACUUGUUUUCCCAAGGGGAUGAGUAAGUUGACUGGCCUUCACUGGCUUAGUGAUUUUAUAGUCGGUGGUGAAGGGAGUUAUUCAACUACAAAACAAUGGUUUGAUGGACUGGAAGAUCUAAAGAUGAUGAACAACAUCAAAGGCUGUCUUGAUAUUUGGUUUAAAUGGCCUAAAAAUGUUAUUAAGAUAGAUGACAGCAGAGCUGAAGGAUAUUAUCUAAUGAGUAAGGAACAUCUCAAGGACCUUACAUUUCAUUUCGAUCACCGGGUGGUUGAUGGAGAUGUGGAUACUGAGGAAGCAAGAAGAUUAAUGGAAGAGCUGCAACCACAUUCGAAUCUCAGGCGGUUAGAAGUAUGGGGGUACCGUGGUGUGAGAAUGCCUGGUUGGGCAACACUUCUCUCAAAUCUUGUACACAUUCUUCUUUGGAAUUGCGAGGAGCUGGAGUACCUGCCAUGUCUGGGAAACUUGCGACAUCUUAAAUUCCUCGGUCUUAAGAGUUUGCCUAAGUUGGAGUACAUAAAACUUAGCUCAUCAGUUUUCAGUUCCACGCCUGGAUCAGAUUGUGCUCAAGGAGUGUUAUUCUUCCCCUCCUUGGAAUCCCUUGAGUUGUUUCAUUUGCCGAAGUUGAAAGGAUGGAGAGAUGAUCUUUUUCUCCUUGAAGAUAACAAAAGCAUGCAAUUAUGUCUCUCUGAACUGAGAAUAGUGAAUUGCCCAGAGUUGACAUGUAUUCCGUUGUGUCUCAAGGUCAAGGAUCUACAGUUAGGUAACUUCAAUAAAAGACUGAAAGUAUUUGAUUCUGAAAAUUCGAGUAAAAGUAGUAAAUUAAGGACGGUGGAAAUAGACAAUGUGGUAUGGUUAAAUUCUCUGUCCAUGGUGGCUUUUGAGAGUCUUGAAAGCUUAAGAAUUGAGGGGGAGGUGGAGAGCUUGGAAGAAGUAGAGGAGGUGGAGAGCUUGGAAGAAGUAGAGGAGGUGUUUCGCAACUGCUCGUUUUCUCUGGAAAAUUUGGGAUUUUUUAAUUGUGACAAACUAAGGAGUAUUUCUGGAGGAUUAAAGCAUCUCACUGCCUUAAAGACAUUACUGAUAUGCAACUGUCCUAAUGUGAGGCUAUCAGAGGAUGGCAGGCCAUGGCAAUACCUUCAUCACUCUCUCCUCUCUUUGGCAUUUAUUAGUCUUCCACAGCUAGUGAGUCUGCCUGAUUGGAUGCAAUCCUUGGCUGCCCUCGAAUACCUUUGUAUUGAAGAUUGCAAAAGACUUGAAUCAAUUCCGAAAUGGAUGCCCAAACUCACCUCACUUGAAGAACUUGUGCUCUUAAAAUGUUCCAAAAGCCUGGAGAGUAGAUGUCAAAAAGAUCCCCCCGGGGAGGAUUGGCCUUACGUCAAACACAUCCCCGUCAUCAAAUUCCAAGAGAAUUAG